UCAAAGAACUCGGUGCCCUUGGCACUGCAGGCUGAAGACUGAGGGGCCAGGCUGACGGAUAAGGUUGAGGGGCCAGGCUGAGUAAUCUGGCUGAGGGAUGUGGGAUAAAGGGUCGCCAGCCUGAUCGUGCAAUGCGGCCUUGUUUCCUCGACGUCAGCAAUCCUCAAUUUCUCUUUCUUGUAGCAUCUUGCUAUACUUCUUCCCAAGGAAUGGAAGCGGAACUUAAUAGCAUCAGACUCAUCACAAGCUCUCUCGAUGCAGACGUCUACCGUGGCUUCUGGAUCAACCGCUCCGUUGGUACAGUAGAAGGAGCGACAUCAACUCUCGGCCAUAGAAGCGGCGGACUACGGAUUGCGUUUCUCGCUCUAUACGUGAAUGCAAGCGGUCGGCGCUUCUGGAAACUCAUUCGCUGUCUUUUACACUUCAAAGGAUCCUUGCAAGCCAGUCGUGACGGACUUCAUCUAUGGUCCGAGAGACAAAUGCAACGUCAAGUUGAUGGGCGUCUCCUUUCUCAGGUCUACAAACCAGGCUGUACGGGAGUACAUCGCACCUUUUCUUGAAUCAAAAGUCUGCCGAACACCUAGCAUAUGCACAGCACUGCUAUCAAAGGAAAGACAAGUCGUAAUUGCCCAAUGAAUGCGGAAUUUCAGCACCCUAACCCUACCUUACACGACUGUAACCAACGCACCUUGCCCCUUUCCUGCUAAGGACAAGCGCAAGUUACCUCAUGGCAAUCUGGUCAUCGAAACAGAUCUGCUAGAUGGCUACAAACACCUUGGGCCGAAUCAGGGCUCACCUCUGACUAUGC